AUGUUUUCAUCACAACAAAUUCCACAAGCCUUAACUUGGCAUGCACAAGGUCGGUUCAAUAAUGGGAAGCUUACUCAUCCUCGCGAUACCGCUUCUUGGAAGCUUGUUGAUAGCUCAUGGAAAGAAUUCGGACAAGAAAAAGAAAAUCUUAGAUUAGCCUUGUUUGUUGAUGGUUAUUAUUCUUGUCCAAUAUGUUCGAAGAAUACUUGUUCACAAUGGUUGCCAAAGCCUAAAAAAGUGUUGUUUAACAAAAUCAAGUAUGGCCCGCCAGAAAGAGAUCAUGGAAUUUGCUUCAUGAACUCGGUUGUAAUCUCGCCAAGUACGCGUAAAGGGAAAUCUAAGAAUAUUGAUGUUGCAAGUAGAGGUGUUUCAGAUCGGUUGUCUACAAGAAAGGACAAUGACAUCAUCAUAUUGCCCUACAAUCCUGGAAGACAUUGGGUGUUGGUUGUACUAGACAUGAAAUUGGAUACUUGCUAUUAUCUUGAUUCCUUGGGUUCUGGAAAUUUCAAUAUGCAGUUGAAGCAAAUUAUUGAUUCGUCAAUGGUUUUGUACGCUACACAAAGUGGAUCCAACAAGAGGAUUAAACUAAACUGGUGUCCAGUUCAGGCCAGAUCUACCGAAUGUGGCUACUACAUGUUAAAGUUCAUGAAGGAGAUAGUUGAGGAAGGAAUUGAAGUGUUGGUCAAAGACAAUGUAAGGAGAUAG